UCUCACUCGAUACUUACCGCUGCUGUCGCCGCUGCGUGCCGCUCUCUAUCUGGUUGCGAGGCGAUGCUGUGUCCGUGGCAGCCUCUGCUGCCACUGGUGCUGGCUGUCUGGGUCUCUGUGUCGAGCGGACAGCUGUUGGUGCGCAAGUGCUGCGGCCAGCAUCAGUUCAUGGACGACAAACACGUGUGCCGCGACGCAAACGCCAGCGAGGAUCACAGCGACGACCCCUGGUGGUGGCUGCCCAAAAGCUCUGUCAGUCUCAACAACACGUUCGUUGAGCCGGAGAACGUGACGUGGGUGCUGUCUGGCGUGAGAGCCGAGUACAACGCGACAGCCACCUGCGACCAGGAGUCGCAGCUCGAGCUGGUGAACUUGCCCGGACAAGACAUGGACGAGUUUCACCUGCAUAUAGGAUCUGAACAGGUGCAGCUGCAGGUGCUGGUGCCGGACACGUCCCCAGAGGGCGCGCUGGUACCGGCGACCUCCUUCUGCGUGGAAGGCGUGCGCGUGGGCAGCACAGUACUGCACGUCGCCUUCGCCUGCGUGUGUGCGGGGGCGGCGCCCUGCGUGCGCAAGUGCUGCAAGGACUACCAGGCCUACGACCCCGCCGGCGAGGGCCGCUGCGCCCAAGUCUCGGACGAGGAGUGGGAUAGGGACCCCGACAUCGGCUUCUGGCGGCCCACGCUGCAGGACCGCACAGCCACCCCGAAGCACUUCGUGCUACGUGCCCGCAAGCCGCGCUGCAGCCUGGGGACCUACCGCACACAGGGCAACGCGUCCGGCUUCGUCUUGCGCGACGACGGCCACCUGCUGGUGCCGACCGGGGCGUGGCUGGCGCCGGAGGAGUUCUGCGCGGAGCGCGUGCUGUUCGGGGACUCGUCGCUGGUGGUGUUCGCGUGCCUGCAGCCGGCGCCAGCGUCGUCGGCGCUGCACGUGCUGGACGGCGUGCUGUUCGCGCUGGGCGGGCUGCUGCUGUGCUGCGCGGCCGCCGUGCAGAGCCUGCUGCUGCUGCCCGCGCGACUGCGCCGCCGCCUGCACGCGCGCCUCUCGCUGGCGCACAACGCCACGCUGGCCGCCGCCUUCAUAGCCACCGCCGUGCUCCACCUCAGCCCCGACGCGGGAUCGCCCACCGGCUGCGUGCUGCUCGCGUUCGUCAUACAGUUCACGUUCCUGGCAGCUUUCUUCUGGCUGAACGUCAUGUGUAUCGACAUUUCCUGGACCUUCACCGGGAUGCGCACGACCCGGUGCCCGGCGCUGGAGCGCGACCGCCGGCGCUUCCUGUGGUACUCGGCCUACGUCUGGGGCUGCACUGCUGCCAUCUGCGCGGCCGCCGUCGGCGCCGAAUUCUCACCCGCCGUGCCCGAAGACUCGCCCUUCAAGCCCAACAUCAAUAAGGGCACCUGCUGGUUCAAAGGGAAGCCGGCCACCCUGGUGUACUUCUACGGGCCGAUGGCGCUGCUGCUGGUGUCGAACCUGUGCCUGUUCGCGUACACGGCGGGCCGCAUCUGCGUGGCGCGGCGCGGCUCCGGCAUCCUGCGGAAGCCGGGCAGCCAGCGACACCACGGGGGCAGCAAGAGGCGCCAGCAGCAGGAGCAGCAGAAGGAACUGGGGCCGGAGCAGGCGCGCAGGGAGCAGCGCAAGGACCGCGAGAGGCUGGCCCUGUACGGCAAGCUGUUCGGCCUGAUGGGCGUGACGUGGCUGAUGGAGAUCGUGUCUUGGGCAGUGGGCGGGCCUGCCUACGUGUGGAUCGUGACUGACCUGGUGAACGUGAUGCGGCCGGCGUUCAUCUUCUACAUCUUCUGCUGCAACCGCACCGUCGUGAGGCAGCUCCGCACAAAGCUGCCCGGCAGCUGGCCCUGCGCACUUGCGCCCUCCCAAGGUGGCGACAGCGUCCGCUCCGGGGGCGGCAGCAGCAGCGGCGCCCACUCCAGACCCACCGGCACCGCCUCCACCUCCGCCAACGCCCUCGAGAUGACCAGCCUCCGCUCCUGAUGACGCUACCGCGCGCCGAAACGCCGCGCACCAGCUGCAGGUCGCCAGCGACUUAGGAUGUCUCCCCACGUAACACGGUCUUAUCCGUGUCGUGGACGUCUAAUGACCGAGAGGUUACCUUCGUGAAACUCUACAAUAGCUAUUGCUGUAAUCUACUAGUAUUAUCAAAGUACCUGUCAUUUACAUUGUCAAAGAAAGUGUAGAUUUUUUUCAGAUGCAUUAGAAUACUCACAAAUUUUAUUACCUGAUUCGUAAUAAAAUAUUUCAACCCACAAUAAA